CCCUUUUUGCUUGUCUCCAUCGCUCAUGAAAGUAUAAAACGAUUUUCUAUCCUUUCAGUCUUUCAUUUUCUCGUCUACGGGCCGUUUCGAAUUUGUUCAUCUGGUCUUCGGUGUUCCAUUUCUUCACAAUUGCAACUGAUCGCAUCAGCAAGUUCUGCCCUUCCACUUUCAAACGCAUCCACAAAAUGGCAUCGACAUCGUAUUCUGGAGCAACACCGAGAUCGAGUUCCGACUCGCAAGAACACAAUUUUCAACGAAGAAAAUUAGUGAACACAUGUGCUGUGUGUCAUGGAAGCAUAGAGGUUGGUGUAGGAGUGCGGGUAAGCGGUGAUUUACAUAAACUCGUUCAUACUUACUGCAAAGAUUCGCUUCGAGCUGUGUACAGGCCACUACCAAAAGCAAUCGAUAGUAUUGUCACACCGGGAAACAUUGCUUAUUAUGUGCCGGAUAAAGAACCGUACAUACCACCUCUGAUAAUUGCAUGUAUCAGCGAAGUUGAAUCACGUGGUAUCAAGUCACACUUCUUGUACAGAGUGAACGGCGAUCUUGCCAAAGCCAAAGCAUUGGUUAGAGGCUAUCGAAUGCACAAAACAGUACCGUAUUUAAGGGGGCUUGAUAUACAUACGGUUACUUCGGUUCUAAAAAUGUUUUUGGCUUCAUUGAGCGAGCCACUCAUCACGGAUGAACUCCGGGAUCGUUUCGUUCGCGCUUCUCUUAUAUCUGACAAAAACAGGAAGGAUGCAGCUCUUAGCGAAGCAAUAAGUAGACUUCCGUACCCGAAUCUACAUACCCUCAGUUAUCUUGUCCGUCAUUUACGGACAAUUAGCAAGAUAUCGCGGAGCAACAAUGUCAACAGACUCGCUGAAGUUUUUGGGCCUAUAGUAAUCGGUGGAAACUCUCGAUAUUUGUUCACUCCACCUUUGUUCAUCAUUGGACGAGAAGAUCAAGAAGAGGUUUUUAAAAGUAUUCUGCAAAUGAGUCGUUUUUACGAUAACGUUCUUUCCUUCAAGUCUCAGGAGUGGGGGUUGAGCAGCUGGUAAAUAUGGAUAUGACAUGAUCGUAAUGUUCUCCGAUAAGAUGGAAAUGUCACUAAAACAACAGCAACAAAAAAUAAACUAAUAUUCGUGGUCAAUACUUGACGAUAAUUUAAUUUUUUUGGCAUCUCAUUGUAAGAUUUGAAUUCAAUUUAACGCCCUCACUUCAAAGUCGACUCCACUCGUGUUGAAUGAAGAGAUUGUAUAAUUUAUCGGCAAAGUUUUUUGCAGUUGCCCUCCGCCCAUGAAAAAUGUACUAGAGUUGGGGGUAUUGGAAGUAGAAUAAUUUUUAAAUGUAUAUGGGGAAAAAUUUGCUCCGCAUUUUUGUAAUAUCACAUGGUUUUUGAAUAAACAAUGCACAUUACCAUAAA